UUUUUUCUCGUUACAUGCCCAUUUUCUUCCACCGAUUUGUUAAUUGAAAAUUACGAGAAUAUUUAUCGUCUAGAUAUCAAAACUGAAGAAACGAAGAGCAGUUUCAUUUUAGGCUGACAUCUCACAGUCCGCAAUCGACUAUCUCUGUAGCAGCUCUACACUCUGCCACAACUCGCAAGGAUCUUCGAAGCGUACCACCGCAUUGUCACUUUUCGUCGAAUUAUUUGUAUCUUCGUCGUUGAGAAAAAUCGUGCUAGAGCAUCAUGCCAAAGAAUAAAGGAAAGGGAGGUAAAAAUAGGAGAAGAGGAAAGAAUGAGAACGAGACUGAGAAGAGAGAACUGGUGUUCAAGGAAGAUGGACAAGAAUACGCUCAAGUGACAAAAAUGCUGGGCAAUGGUAGGUUAGAGGCCAUGUGUUUCGACGGGGUCAAACGAUUGUGCCACAUCCGAGGCAAACUGCGGAAGAAGGUGUGGAUUAAUCAAGGAGAUAUCAUACUGAUCGGACUGCGAGACUACCAGGAUGCUAAGGCAGAUGUUAUAUUGAAGUACACGUCUGACGAAGCACGUAACUUGAAGACUUAUGGCGAAUUCCCAGAAACUGUGCGUAUCAACGAUACAGUAACCUUUGUGGAAGACGGAUUCGAUGAAGACAUCGAAUUUGGGGAUGAAAUUAGCGAUGAUGAUGAAGAUGAUGUUGACAAUAUCUGAUGACCUGCAGUUUAAUAAUAAAAAAGAUACAUCACGAGAACAUAUAUGGGGACAUCUAUUCGUUUGAAAAAUACAAUUACACGUCAAAGUUUCCUUCUGUCGAGUAGCUCAUCUCACUGUAUGUAUCUACAAAUAAAUCGUCAGUUUAUGGGUAACAUCGUGUUCCAGUUUGAAUAGUUGUUUUUAAUAUUUGUAAAUUUUUAUAGGAGCGUAAAUUCUUUCAAAUAGGGAAAUUACAAAUAUUUAGCAUAUGGAGUUAAAUUUUGCGUACGCGUCAGAUUAAUCAGAUCUACGUUUGUACAUAAUCAAUAUGCAUACCACCUUUAUAUAAUUGUUUUUCUUUGUAUAUUUCUUUUUUAUGUCUUGUAUUAUCUGCCAAUUUGUGAAAUAUACAUAUACAUAUAUUAUUAACUCAGAAAAUGAAAUAUCACUAUAUAUCACUCAAUAAGUACUCUUUUUAUAUGUUGGAAUGUCUCUCGUUAAAAAUUAUCUUUCAGGAAGCGAAGUAACGUACAAUUAGACAUGUCAAAUUUUGAUGAGAUUUUAGAACUUACUAGUAAAUUGCUAAAAUAAUAAAUUAAAUAUUAAAUUAAUAAAAGAUGCAUGAGAAGGAAUAAGUUCUCUGUAACUUUCCCGUCUUGGCGUUCUUUUAUUAUUGUUUCAAUCGGUUAACACAUACGUUGUUAGUAAUAUAGCUAUUCAGUACAACACGUAACGCGUGCCACAUUUAAUUCUUAGGACAUGCGUUUUGUUAUGUAAUUAGUGCAAUUAUUCAAUGCAUAUCCUUCGUUAUAAAAGGAGAUUACAGUGUGCUGCAUUUCGAUAUUAUUUGAUAUUAGCAAAGGCGAAAAUGUGCAAAUUAAUUUGUAUAAUUUUUGUUUCGAUAAAAUCCGAUAAUAUUGUUUAGAUUACAACGUAAAAACGGAACAAUUUGAUUGUGAAUUUGGAUUUUUUUCAUUAAA